AUGACGAUGACAAGUCCAGAGAUUUCCGACGAGGAUGAGACUCAAAUCGACAAGUGCGACACCUCGUCGUCGUCGGGUGAGUCAACGUCGAGCAGCAACAACAGAUGGCAGCGCCACUCGUCUCCACUAGUCGCACUCGUCGGAAAGCCGCAUGUUGACCCGAACCCGGGUCCAAGGUCAGCUGGGGGAACCAACUGGGUCAUGACGAAGCUGUAUGACCAACAAGGGGGUUUAUUGUCGCAUCUUCGGGAUGAUGACGAAGAGGAGAGGAAGAGGAAAGCAGCGGAAAUCGAUGCCAAGAAGGCCGAGGUCAGGAAGCGUCUGGAAGAGGCUUCCAAGGCUAAACAAAAGGCCAAGAAGGGUUUCAUGACACCGGAGAGGAAGAAGAAACUCAGGUUGUUGCUAAGGAAAAAAGCCGCUGAGGAAUUGAAGAAGGAACAAGAGAGGAAAGCCCAAGAGCGACGCAGGAUCAUUGAAGAACGUUGUGGACACGCCAAGAACCUCGAUGGAGCCAAUGAAGGUAACAAAACCAACCAGCUUUGUUUUGUCUACCAAAAAAAGAAAACCAACAUCAUCAUCACACUUGAGGACCUAAAGGAUUUCUGCAAACAAUACCACAAACGAAUUACCAGCCUGGAGGGGGAUAAGUUUGACUUGGAAUAUGAGGUCCGAAAGAAAGACUUUGAGCCGAGCUUCAAACAAUUUGCAAGGAAUACCAUGCCAGAAUCAGUGCACUUGAAAGUGAAAAAUACGAUUGCGAGUAUGAGUGUAAGAGGAGGGAAUUUCAGGUAA